AUGUGCAAGCAGGUCUUGACGGUUGGCUUCUUUUCGUCGAAGCUGCAGGUAGCCGCCCGCGAGCUUCAGAUCAGUCAAGUUCGUAAUGAUCGGCGGAUUGAAGUGCUCGACGCGUUUUUGGGUCCAGAAAAUUGCAUCGAACGAGAUGAACUCUGGGAGUCGGAACGUGAGGCCAUUGUGGACACGUCGCGAAGUGUACGGUCGGCACUGGGCAGCAAAGGGCCGAAGGCAAUGUAA